AUGGAUCUGCCUUCUAGGGAGGGCGCCCUCCUGACUACAACAGAUAAGGAAUGCGUCCUCCUUACUCUGUGCUCCGUUUCAGCACCCCCAUUCCCUGGGGCGCCUGGCCCCUGGCUGCGCAGACCCCUUUUCAGUCUGGAUUUAUCAGACACAGAGGAUUCAUUCCCUCGCCGCACUGGGCCACUGGAGGUUCCGGCCGACAGCCAUGUGUUUGUGCAGGCAGCCCUGGCCCGUCCUUCACCGAGAUGGGACCUGGCCCUGCACCGCUGCUCAGUAACACCUUCCUCACGCCCGGCCCUGGGGCCUGCUCUGGUGCUUCUGCGUGGGGGCUGCCCUGCUGACGCCUCUGUCAACUUCUCACCACCUCCACACCCGGAUGCUGCUCGCCCCACACGCUUCAGCUUCCGCCUGCGCCCGGUAUUCAACGCCUCAGUGCAGUUCCUGCACUGCCAGAUAAGCCGCUGCCGUCGCAGCCACCGCCACCGAGCUAUCCACCAGACACCGACGACGCCUCUUACCCCGCCAUCGCCACCAUCGCAGUGUCUGCCUCAAGGUGAGGCAUGCUCGGGCAGCGGUGAGAGCCAUGGUACCGACAGCCCCCACCUGCACACUCUGACGCAGCCUAUCGUGGUCACAGUACCUCGUCCACCCCCUAGGCCGUCCAAGAGCCUCCCAGGCAGGGCCGUGCGUCCAGAGCCGCCCGCUCCAGCCGCUGCAGCCCUGGAGCCCGCGCCGGUGGUGGCGUUGGUGUUGGCCGCGUUCGUGCUGGGUGCUGCGCUGGCCGCUGGGCUCGGUCUCGUCUGCGCGCACUCAGCACCUCCAGCCCGCGGCCAGCCUCCUAGAGCUUCGCCCAGCGGCCCCCAGAUCCAGAGGCCCUAGUAGGCAGGUAAGUACAGGGUGCGAAGGAGGCGGUGGUAAAGAUCCUUCAUAGAGUUUACCCAUUGGGCUCCAAGUAGUUGGUAUGUUUAUUAAUUUUUUUGAACAACCUUCAGGCAGCUACUUUUAUAAUGUCCAUUAGAGAUUUUUUUAAAAAAUGAGGCACUUUUAUGAGGUUAAGUGACUUGUCAAAGGGGGAGCUGGAAAUAGAAUUUGGGGGAUGGGGUCACCAGCAGUGAAGAAAUGGGGUUCUUAAGAUUUGAACAGGCACCAGGUAAAUGCUAGGGAUUUAGACACAGUUCCUAGUCUCACACAGGUGCAUAGAUUGAUGGAGGAAGCCAAUGCCUGCUGGGAAAACGUGACCUGGUGAGCCUCUGCCACCUCCUCUCUAGAGAUGGCACAACCCAGUGAGGUCCUGCGAUGCAUCCAGCCAUGGAUUCAGAACCCUUUGGGAGGACUCCUACACAUCUCUCCUCCCUCCCACCUUGUCCGUGCU